UGUCCCCCCCUCUCACUGCACGUCACAGCUGAUGUGCCCUCUUCCUCCAGCCCAUUCCUCUCCUUCCAGUCAUUAUAUUCUUCCUUCCCUGUUCCUUCAGUCGCCCUGCAUCCCCUCACCUUCACAGAUCUCCCUCACAUCCAUGUCCCCCAAAACAUAGAUGAUGUGACUCCCCUUCCCACCACCAUCAUCCUCCUGCUUUUACUGGUCCUCCCCUUUGCAGUGCUCAGAACAGUCCAGCGAUGAAUCCUCUAUUAACUCCCAAUCUCCUCCUUGUCUCGUCGGAUUCCCCUUUGCAGCCGGGGGACAGCCCCCCAUCGCCUCCGCAGUCCUCGUUACUUCUAGGGGCCCCCUACGCUCAGGGUGGGGGGGCCUCAGCUUUGCGCAAUGACUUUGGUUCCAACAUCAGCGUCUUGAAGACCCUCAACUUGAGAUUCCGCUGCUUCUUGGCCAAGGUGCAUGAGCUGGAACGUAGGAACCGCUCUCUGGAGAGGGCGUUGGAAAGAGCCCAAGGAGCGGGGCCCAUCACCAGGGACCAGGCUGUCCAGACCGGCUUUGUGGGGCCCAUUUUACCGCCGCCUCUUCUGGGUCUGACUCGUCCAACUCCAACUCCUCCUCAAUCAUGGGUGUAUGGGCCACGGAGGCUGGUGACCAGGUCCGACGUGGGGUCGGUCAGUGGUGGAUGCGGAGCUUAUUGGGGUCACGCAGAUGGGGUUGGAGUUCAGAUCGAUACCAUCACCCCUGAGAUCAGAGCUCUGUACAAUGUUUUGGGGAAGGUCAAGAGGGAGCGAGAUGCCUACAAGCAGAGAUGGGAGGAGGAGUACACGGCUCGCGUUCAGCUGCAGCAGAGGGUGGCCGAGCUGGAUGAGGAGGCGCAGGAUUCAGCACUUUACCAGGAAGAGCUGGCAAUGAAGGUCAAGCAGCUCAAAGCCGAACUUGUUGUCUUCAAGGGGUUAAUGAGCAAUAACUUGACAGACCUAGAUACCAAGAUCCAGGAGAAGGCCAUGCGGGUAGAUAUGGACAUCUGCCGACGCAUCGAUAUCACUGCCAAGCUGUGCGACGUGGCUCAGCAGCGUAGCUGCGAGGACAUGAUCAACAUGCUGCAGGUUGGAAUGAAAUCCCAAGACGUCUCUGCAAAGACCGUCCACCUCUCUCCUAUGAAAGUUUUGGGAAGAAGAAAAGAGAGGAAACCCGCAACCGACGAUGAGACAUCUGUGUGCGAGAGCGAGAGUGCAAGAGGAGGAGAGGAAGAUGAAAGUACUGCUCUGAGUAUCAACGAGGAGAUGCAGAAGAUGCUGAACCAGCUACGUGACUAUGAUUUUGAGGAUGACUGUGACAGCCUUGCUUGGGAAGAGACGGAUGAAACGUUGUUAUUAUGGGAGGACUUCUCCGGAUACGCCAUGUCUGCUGUCGACAACCAAGGAGAGACCCAGGACGACAGCUUAGAAGAGGUCAUAAAAGACACAGAGUCUCUCUUCAAGAACCGGGAGAAGGAAUACCAGGAAACCAUAGACCAGAUAGAGCUGGAAUUGGCGACGGCUAAGAACGACAUGACGCGGCACCUUCAUGAAUAUAUGGAAAUGUGCAGCAUGAAGAGAGGACUGGAUGUACAGAUGGAGACGUGCCGGAGGUUAAUCACCCAGUCAGAGUCAGAGGAGAGGUCUCCACCCCCUAGUAGUGAAUCCGCCUGUAAUGAAGACCCUGAAGACUCAGAUCGGGACCCUGCAUCUUCAGACAGCUCGGCCAGAUGAUGAAUGUCCUGCCUGUGAUCCCACACCUGCCACCACUGCCUUGGAGAAAUGUGACUCUGGAUGUAUAUAAGUCUCCUGACUAGUAAAGACGCUUGGCACAUAGGGGGGGGGGGGCAAUCCUACAAAAUGCUAGUAAGACUCCUGGUGCAUAAAGGGUGCAAUAAGGGUUAUACCCCAUGUUUGGGGGUGCCACGCUGCCAGGUCUAUACAUAGAUGUGAUGCUUUAUCCAAUGCUGGUUGAGUAUAGCUGCUAUACUGUCUCUAUGGGUGUGAGCACUAGGCAUGCAUUUUCUAUAGUCUACUGGGAAUCGUAUGGGUGUUGCAAGGCAAUGAUCGAUGAUUAUGACUCGCCAUCAAAGGCAAUCUGUAUAUAAUAGACUGAGGAUGGGUACAUAUAGACGUGCAAUGCCCACUGAGCCUACAUAUAGAGUAACUUUUCUAUAGAAGCCAUAGGGUCAACCCCGUGAACAUCUCAAGCGUAUAUGCUGUGAUCAGGGGGGGAACCUGGCAGAGUGUACAAAUGUAAUGUACAUGAACAGGGGUGCACCUAGCCUUUCUGCUGCCUGAGGCGAAAACUAAAACGGCGCCCAACCCCUACUGUUUAAGGCAUACUGUGAUACAGUUGAAUAUACAGAGAUAUUCCCACAGCUUUGCCACUGCCCCCACUUGUCUCUAUGUCUUGCCGCCUUAGGCAAUCGCCUCACCUGGCCUCAUUGGUGGUGCACCCCUGUACAUGAAGCGUGUGCCUAUAUAUUGUCUAUAUAUAUAUAUGGUCACAGAGCUCUCUGUAUAAAUGAUGUACAUAUACAGAUCUAUAUCUUAAGAAAGUCUUGAUGGAUCACUAUUUUCCC